AUGGAGAACAUCUGCGAGCUGCCUGAUGGCUUGACUGCAGCUUCGUUGAAGGUGGCCAGAGGCUCGGAGAUUGCAUUCUGGAUUGCGUGCGCCAAUGCUGCCGCAGGUAAGAGAGUGAUGACGAAGAACAGCCACGUCGAUGACCAGCGGCAGAGGCUCGUAAAGUAUUAUGGUUUCGAGCUCACAGAUGGCACUGCCAGUGUGACCGGCCUCAUUUCCAUUGCCCUGAAGACACGAGAAGAAGAUAUCAAGGAACACCAGUUGAGCUGGCUUCGGGAGCUCGGGGACGAGUGGAGCAGGACUGCCGCUGAGGGAAAGGAGUUCACACUGUGUGACAGGUCUUCUGAACUAUGCAGCACAGACCUUCUUCGGGAGGCUGUCAGCCUUAUUGCCAAGCUUGCUGUGCAUGCUACGCCAUCCGCUGCCAUAUCCAGCGCUCUGCUCUACCUGGAUGGCCAAAUGCAGACCGAGAACAACAAAACUGUCUCUGCGCUCAUUGGAGCACCCGUGGUGGGGACUCUCUGGAGCAAGCUGCAGAGUGCGACCACUGCAUUUGCAGGACCAGCAGCUCCUCUGCCUGUCCUGCCCCAUGUCACCAGCGAUGCGGCCGUUCUCGACAGCUGCCAGCUGGAUAUCGAGAGCAUGCAGCGUGCCCAGGACCUCCGUGACGCCAUCGAACAAGUCGAGAAUGGAGCUGUUGGCUGCAUCUGCAAACGUUACAUCCCCAGAGAUGACAGAGCUGCAAAGGCCAUGUGGGGCCAUCUGAAGGGCAAGGUCACCAAGCACGGGCGACUGUAUGGCCUGCUUUCUGGCACUUUCCAAGCUGACAGGGACAGUUUCUUUCAAUUUUUCACCGUCUCUGCUGCCAUGAAUGACAAGAAACGGUAUAUUGACCCAGUGAGUGGCCGGUUCUCCGAGCAGCUGUGGAGGGCAGUCUGGGGAGAUCAAAAUGACUGGCACGUCUGGAGGGAACUCGGAAAGGAGUGGUAUGAGGGCAGGAAGGCACUCUGA